CUUAUUUUUAACCAUGUGUCUUCCCUGUUUCUUCCCAAUUUUAUCCUUUAAAGGCAAUCUGACAAUAGCAGGCAGGCAUAUAUGAUAAUGCAGCUAGAACUUGAAGGCUGUAGGGAAAGAGUAAUGAAAUAAAUGUAGUUAUAUACUAAAGCUUUGCCUGGAGGGCGGACGUCAGCUGUAACACAUCCUAGGCCAGAACUGAGGUGCGUCGGAGCUUUAACGCAUCUAGCACAGAACUGAGGGGGACUCCAUGAAAGAUGACGGAGGAGGUGACAGUUGUAGCCAAGUGGGACUAUACGGCCCAGCAAGACCAGGAACUUGACAUCCGGAAGAAUGAUCGGCUUACUCUGCUGGACGACAGCAAGACGUGGUGGAGGGUGAGGAACACCUCAAACCAGACCGGCUAUGUCCCCUCCAACUACGUAGAGCGCAAGAACAGCCUCGUGAAGAAGGCCUCUCUGGUCAAGAACCUCAAAGACACACUGGGACUGGGUAAGGGCAGAAGGAAGCAGAGUGCCAGUGACGCCUUCCCCACGCCCAGCACAGAUGCGGAGUACCCCUCCAAUGGGAGUGGCGGAGGGGCUGAGCGGGUCUACGACCUCAACAUCCUGGCUGUGGUCAAGUUCUCGUACGUGGCGGAGCGCGAGGACGAGCUGACCCUAGCCAAGGGGUCCCGGGUCACGGUGAUGGAGAAGUGCAGUGACGGUUGGUGGCGGGGCAGCCAGGGGGGCCGUGUGGGCUGGUUCCCCUCUAACUAUGUCCUGGAGGACCCCGCAGAGGGUGAAGGGGGUAGAGGAGGAAGGGACUCCCCAGGGAGGGGCAGGGAGGCCACGAUGACCAACGGGCGGGCGGGAGGUGGUGGCAGCCGGGGUGGCGAGGGCAGUGGUGCGCUCCAGCUGGUCCAGACUCUCUACCCGUUCAGCUCAGUGACGGAGGAGGAGCUGAACUUUGAGAAAGGAGAGGUGAUGGAGGUUGUUGAGAAACCUGAGAACGACCCAGAGUGGUGGCGCUGCCGGAACACCCGCGGUCUGGUGGGCCUGGUGCCCAAAAACUACGUGCUGGUGCUGAAUGACACCAACGGGCCUCCCGGGCUCCCCGCCCUUCCACUGUCGCCCCCCGGCUCCCCACAGAUCGGCCAUGUGGCCCCGGCGUGCGAGGGCAAGUUUGCAGGCAGGGACUGGUACUACGGAGGGGUGACCAGACACCAAGCAGAGCUGGUCCUCAAUGAGAGAGGAGAGGAGGGGGACUUCCUCAUACGUGACAGCGAGUCAUCGCCCAGUGAUUUCUCUGUGUCUCUGAAGGCGCCUGGGAAGAACAAGCACUUCAAGGUGCAGUGUUCAGAGGAGGUCUACUGUAUUGGCCAGCGCAAGUUUAGCUCCAUAGAUGAACUGGUGGAACACUACAAGAAAGCCCCCAUCUUCACCAGCGACCAAGGAGACAAGCUCUACCUGGUCAAACCGCUGCCCGCACCCCAGCUAUCCUCAACAUGCUGAACUUGAGGAGAGACCUUACUGUUUGUUUUAGCCCAGUCACAUAGUUCGUAUUGGUCCUGUUUCCUUUGUUAGUUAAAAAAAAUCAAAAUGUAAACCCUCCAGAGGUUCUGAUGAUUUCUAAAGGAAAUAAUAAGUUCACUAUGGGACCACUGUAAACACUCUUUAGAUGUUUCCUUCUUCCUCCAUCUUCAUCCUCAUCUAUCCUUCUCUUCCUCCAUCUUCAUCCUCAUCUAUCCUUCUCUUCCUCCACCUUCAUCCUCAUCUAUCCUUCUCUUCCUCCACCUUCAUCCUCAUCUAUCCUUCUCUUCCUCCACCUUCAUCCUCAUCUAUCCUUCUCUUCCUCCACCUUCAUCCUCAUCUAUCCAUCUCUUCCUCCACCUUCAUCCUCAUCUAUCCUUCUCUUCCUCCAGCUUCAUCCUCAUCUAUCCUUCUCUUCUUCCAGCUUCAUCCUCAUCUAUCCUUCUCUUUCUCCAGCUUCAUCCUCAUCUAUCCUUCUCUUUCUCCAGCUUCAUCCUCAUCUAUCCUUCUCUUUCUCCAGCUUCAUCCUCAUCUAUCCUUCUCUUUCCCCAGCUUCAUCCUCAUCUAUCCUUCUCUUUCUCCACCUUCAUCCUCAUCUAUCCUUCUCUUUCUCCACCUUCAUCCUCAUCUAUCCUUCUCUUCCUCCACCUUCAUCCUCAUCUAUCCUUCUCUUCCUCCACCUUCAUCCUCCUCGGGACUCAAUUUGAGAGAGAUACUGUCAAUGUGCCACCUGCUUACUGUAUUGCUUUUCUAUUGGCACUACACUUAUUGUUCUGUUUUUCUAUUGGCCGCAGCUCUACACUACUGCUAUUUGAUUGGCUCCUGCUGUACACUAACUGCACUGUUCUAUUUGCGCCAGCUCUACACUACACUUAGUUCUCGUUUCAAUCUGGAUGGCUGAAGCGUUACAGAUUGAACGCUAGAGAUGUGAAGGUAAUUUCUGAUUGAGCUGACCGAUGCAGCGUUUUACCGUGAAUGCAGUCUCCGCUAACGCGAGAACAUAUUCUUUCAAUUUAAAUCACGUUUUAAAGCUGAACUUUCACUAUAUGAAUUGAGCCCUUACUGUACUGCUCUUCAUUGGCCAUAGUGCUGUUUUCCAAUGAAAUCAGGUCUUCAGGCGUUCUACUCUCAAUAUGUAAAUGGUGCUGAUGGAUGACACUAAUUCAAGAGUAAUAUGUUUUUUGUUUUUAUUUACUUCUUGCUACGUUUCGAUCAUGGGGUUCUCAGCUUUUAUUAGAUAUAAUAUAUCUGAAUGUCAUUGAGCAUUGUUAUUUAAUUCUUGUUCCCACUGUAUGUAUAUAUUCAGAAGAUGUGCAUAUAUGAAUCGUUUUGAUCCAACCUAUGGUACUGUACCGCUGAUCACGUGAUGAGAAUUGAAAUGCGUAUGUUCAAUAAAAGUUUUUGCAGAAUAACUCAAAUCAUAA